AUGUCUGAAUAAUCACGUGACAUACCUACAACAAGGAAGAAUAUAGUUAUACCUUUACCGACAGAGCAACAAAAUGGCGACAUUUCAUAGUGUAUAGGUAUUCUUUCUCUUAACAAACAUCAUGGCAAGUAGCAGAUCCGUACGGCGUGCCCAGGAACCCGUUACAUACAAAUGCGCUUUGUGUGACAGUGAAGACGGAGUACGAUGGUAUUGUAACGAUUGUCAGGAGAAUUUAUGUGAUCGGUGUAAGGAGUUCCAUUCACGCGGUAAGAAAACUAAAAACGACGACGUCGUGUCGAUUGGGGAGGCUAACCGUCAGGGAGACAAGCCUGUACCAGAGGUAUGUAAACUACAUCCCGGUAAACUGUGUGAUCUCUAUUGUUCGGACUGUAACGUGUUGCUUUGUUCGAUGUGUUUAUCUAAAUUGCAUAAACAGCACAACUUGAAACCUUUUGAAGACGAAUUUUCUAUAACAAAGCAACAUCUGAAAGAGCACAUGACAGCAAUAUCAGCUAAAAUAGAACAUUUUAAGAACGAGACGUCAGAGCGACAUCACGUUACCGAAGCGUUCAACGACAACAUUGAUACAAUGAGGAGAGAUGUAAACAUUCAGAGGACUAAGUUAAAGAAAGAAGUAGAUUCUAUCGCGGAUGCAGUGCUGGCUGAGUUGUCGUCCAUGGAGAAAAAAGGAUUAGCGACGCACAAAGAAGAUUGUCAGCUAUAUGAGAAAAAUGUUGCAGAGCUGACGCGGCUACUUGAAAAAGCGGAAAUAACGAACACAUCAAGUGUAUCCAUGUUUGAAAUCGAAAGUUCCUUGAGAACAAGUCUUUCCUUGUAUGAUGUGAAUGUGAAAAGCGUAUUGCCAAAACAACCAAACUUUGUUACCGGAAGUAUCGACCGCGCCAUGUUGGCGGAAAUGCUUGGUGAACUACACCACAAGAACCAGUACGAGAAGACAGUCAUUGACAGUAAACACGUUCAACGUCUCUCUAAGUUUACUGUUAAUCAACAAAAUCAAAUAUUCGGUAUAUGUCCAGUCGACGACAGCCACGCUUGGUUAUCAAUACAUCAAUACAAGGGUCUGGUACUGGUUAACAGGGAUGGUGUGGUCAAAUCGACAGUAAAACUGGACUUCUGUCCGUGCAGAAUUACCAUGGUCGGGACAACAGACAUACUUAUGACAAGUAAUCCACGUAGUAUAUUUGUAUAUAAACUAUCACUACACAACAAACAAGUGACAACAAUUGCUGAUAUCAGACCACAUAAAGCAUACGACAUCAGCAUCAACAAGAAGGGAGAAGUGUUUGUUAGUACAAACACACCAGACAUAGUGGUACUGAACCAGUCGGGUACGAUUGUGAGGAAAGUACCGUGUGGUAUGAAUGGGAAAUGUAUUGCCUGUUUGUCAUCAGGAAACGUGGCAGUAAUGACCAUAUCUCAUAAUUCACUGUCCAUAACAAACGAAUCAGGCACAGUCCAACAUACCUGGACAGGUGAACUUAACAAAGGUCAAAAGGUUGGUCAAAUGCAACUCUGUAAGAUGUCACGUGACAAGUACGACAGACUGUUUGUACCUAACUACACUAACAACCAGGUGUAUGUCCUACCGAGAGAUGGUACACAGGCCACGUGUCUCCUGGAUCAGGAACAUGGAGUGAUCGGACCUACUGCGGUGGGUGUGGACGCGUGUGGGAACGUGUGGAUCGGGUGUGGAGUUGGUACCGUACACGUGAUGCGACUGUAACAUGAGAAACUAGCAUCGAAAACACUAGUUUAUAAACAUUUUGUAACUUUAAGACUCAAGACAAUUAAUCGUGUUGGACGCAUUAAAUACCUUCUAAUCCGCACUCAAACGGACGGAAUCCAUUUGUACAGUAUUUCACAUUGGUCUAUUAGGACGAACCGGAAGCGUACACAACGUUUAAAAUAGCUGUAAAUGAUCUCACCAACAGCGUUCUAUAAACGAAAAGAGGAGCACGGAGAAGUAAACGCGAAAAUAAUGAUUUUAUGCUGCGAACUAUUUCUGUGGAACAUGUUUUUCAAUAGUCGAACAGAACGUGUAUUAAAUUCAUGUAUGGAAUACUUAUAUGAGGCACUGGUGUCAAAGUUUGUUCAAACUAAUUUCCGUUCGGUACGGUGUGUCAUUUUAUGUAUUCCCCAGCUAAAGCGGACUACUCUCUACUUGUAUCAUGAACGAAUUAUCCUAAUUUAUCAUAUAUCUGUGACAAAAUUUGUAUUUAUUCGAAAAAAAUAACAAAAACAACAACAAAACGUGCACAGGGUCUAGCUUCAAACGAAACAUAGAUUCAUACCUAGAAUAAAGUUUGACGCUGAUACCUUUAAUAUAUAUAUAUAUAUAUAACCUUUGUGUGUUCAAUCAAAAUGUUUGUUACGUUUAAAUUUUUCAUACUCGUUUUGAUAGACCAGUAUGAUUAUUUGAGUUAAGGUUAAAUGACAUUUUUUUUCAUUUGGAAGUUUAUUCAUUCCUAUUUUUUUUGUUUAAACUUCAAUUUUAACACCAGAGUGACAUUGAAAUGCAAACAGAUUCUCAUUAUGUUAUGAGACUUUUGAAGAUGGAAAUGGAGGCGUAAACUAUUACUUGUAUGAGUGCCUGAAGUUGGUUCCUAGUCCCUAGUUCCGUCUAACGUAAACGGAACUGGGAACCAGACCCUAGUUGCGUUUAAGAAAACGGUACUAGGAACCCGAUCCUCGUUCCGUUUACGUUAAACGUUAAACGGAACUAGGGUUCCCAAUUUCGAAUAUUCCUCACUUUUACAUGUUUAUCGGGAAUAUUCCUCUCUUUUACAUGUUUAUCGGGAAUAUUCCUCACUUUUACAUGUUCAUGGUUGAAUAUACCUAACUCGUACAUGUUUAUGGGAAAUAUCACUCACUCACACGUGUUUAAGGGGAAUAUUCCUCACUUGUAGGUGUUGUUGGGGAAUAUCCCUCACUUUUACAUUGACAUGGGGAAAUAUCCCUCAUUCACACGUGUUUAUGGGGAAUAUCCCUUACUUAUACAUGUUUUUUGGGAAUAUCAUGAGCCUCUAUGCCCUCUAUGAUCAUGACUUUCAAAGACAGGUGGCGGUGAUUUAAUUUCCGGAGACUUUUUAAUUGUUUUAUGGCCAAGUAUUGAAAUCAAUGCAUUACAUUGUCAAAAUGAUUGAUACUUCUGGACUACAUUCCUGGUGCCAAAUUCUAUCUUCCUCUUUUACUUUCUAAUUAUCAAAUCUUUUAAGAUCAACUAGAGAUUUGUUUCAGUGAACAAAAUCUGUCUCCCCUUAUUAGCCAACAUGUAUAUUUGCUGCUUUUAUAGUAGAUUGGGUGUGCAACAAUAAAAAUUAAUAAAUGUUGCUGCUCUUGUUUAUUUGACAUUGUGAAAACAGUGUUGGUAAGUUUUAGUAGCUAUGGUAUAGACAAGUACAUAUAGCAAUUAUCGCAAUUAUGAUACGUGACAGAGCACUGCAUAUCAUCUGUGGAUGAUAAAGCUAUACAAGAACUUUCAUUAAGAUAUCUUUAACAGUUUAAACGUUUUCGCCCGGACACGAAAUUAUUGGAAAUAUUCGCACUUAUUAGACAUUUGACCUUGAGGUCAAGGUUGCAAUUAUCCAAUGACAGAGCACUGCACUUUGUCAGUGAGUGAUAAAGGUAUGCAGCAACUUUCAUUAAGAUAUCCUUACCAGUUUAGAAGUUUUCGCCCGGACAAGAAAUUAUUGGAAAAAAUUGCACUUAUUUGACCUAUGACCUUGAGGUCAAUAUCAGUGAUGUAACGGCAGUGCAUUUCACAUCGGCUUUAGGUUAUGCAAAUAUACUGCAGUUUUUGUAAAGAUAUCUUCAACGGUUUAGAUGUUAUGGCCCGGACAAGAAAUUAUUAGAAGAACCAGUACUACAUCUAUAAUACAAUAUGUCUCCCUUCAUUCGAAGGGAUGUUACCUGUUGUCCUCUUUGUUACCUAGAUAUCUAGUAGAUAUCUUGACUGAUAUCAAUAAAGAGGCCCGGAUGUUACCUGUCGCCCUCUUCGUUACCUAGAUAUCUAGUAGAUAUCUUUACUGAUAUCAAUAAAGAGGCACGGACUGACCUCAUUGCCACAUUGAUUAUUGAUAUGCACUUUUAUCAGAGAGGUAUAUAAUACAAUAUAUACGUGUACGUCUCUGAUGAUAUUUAGUGCUUUGAAUAAAGUGUUAUUUCUGCUACAUAAGAAGAUAAAUUGUUGAGUGUAAAUAUUCGUAAGAUUAAUAAAUUAAUGAACUCAGAGCAUAUACAUUUGUCGAUAAAUAUUUUUCCAAAACAUACAACUGCACGUACUAACUCGGUUUAUCAAACUACACAUCUGUAGCGGAACCUGACCGGGUCGAUCGCCUACAACCAGCUAGCUUCAUUGGUAAAGCAUCCAUGCAUGUAGGACUCGGAGUUCCGGGUUCAAAUC